ACAGGCAUUGUUCUACUCCUCCUUUAUGUUGAUGAUAUGGUUAUUACUGGAUCUGACCAGGCAUCUAUCCAAGAACUUAAACAUCAAUUGCAAACUGCAUUUCAUAUGAAAGAUCUUGGAAACUUGCAGUAUUUCCUUGGCCUUGAGGUUCAUUCUACCUCAAAGGGUAUAUUUCUUCAUCAACAUAAGUAUGCGACGUACCUUAUUUCUAUGGCGGGCGUCCACUCAGCUAAUCCGGUAGAUACUCCUCUUGAGGUUAAUGUGAAAUAUCACCGCGAUGAGGGUGAUCUAUUGUCGGAUCCCUUAUUGUAUCGACAACUUGUGGGUAGUCUUAAUUAUUUGACAAUUACUCGCCCUGGCAUAUCAUUUGCUGUUCAACAAGUAAGUCAGUUCAUGCACUCUCCUCGCCACCUUCACUUGGCAGCAGUUCGUCGCAUAAUUCGCUAUUUGCUAGGUACCUCUCAACAAGGUCUCUUCUUUCCCAUUGGCACAGUUCCCAAAUUGAUUGCCUAUAGUGAUGCUGAUUGGGCAGGGUAUCCCGACACUCGGCGAUCAGUCACCGGUUGGUGCAUGUUUCUCGGUUCUUCACUGAUAUCAUGGAAAAGUAAGAAACAAACAAGAGUCUCUAAAUCCUCUACAGAAUCAGAGUAUCGUACUAUGUCUACUGCUUGUUCUGAGAUAAUUUAGCUUCGUGAUCUUUUAGCUGAACUUGGAUUCCCUCAAACAGAGCCGACGUCUCUCUAUGCCGACAAUACAAGUGCUAUACAAAUUGUUGCAAAUCCUAUUUUUCAUGAGCGCACCAAACAUAUUGAAGUAGAUUGUCACUAUAUCGUGAGGCCUAUGAUAAUCAGAUUAUAUUCAUCCCUCACAUCAAUACUCUGUUUCAAGUUGCAGACAUUCUUACCAAAGUUUUUCCUCGCCCGCGCCAUCAGUUUCUAGUUAGCAAAUUGAUGUUUCUUGACCAGCCGCAUCAAUUUGAGGGGGGAUGUGAAUCAGGAAAUAAAUAAUAAUUUAUAAUUAUAUUUAUCAACUUUCCUAAAAUUAGUUAGACAAAUCAGGAUUUGAUUUGAUCCUCUUAAUU